AAAAAAAGAGAGAGAGAGAAGCCAAACAAGCAAAAGUUUUCCUCAGACUCGCGAAAAGAGGAGUCGACAUGGAUGAAAACGAGCUGUUCGCGUGACUGAACGAAAAGACUGACGAAAAACUUCUGCACACGUUUGAAGCAGGGACGGGCUAUGGCGCGGGAGAGCGAAGACGCCGGGAUGUCCAAAGCUUCAGAAGUCAAAAGGCAGAGAAAGAAGAAGACCAAGGAGAACAAAACCAGGACUGUCCACGCAAACAUACUGUAUGACUACGCCAAAGGGGAGGAAAACCCAAACCGACACUAUGCAAACAACAAGAUUAAGACGACCAAAUACACUGUGCUGUCUUUCCUGCCAAAGAACCUUUUUGAACAGUUUCAUAGGUUUGCCAAUGUUUACUUUGUUUUUAUCGCUUUGCUGAAUUUUGUUCCAGUUGUCAAUGCUUUUCAGCCAGAACUCGCUCUGGCUCCCGUGGUUUUCAUUUUGUCUGUCACUGCCAUCAAAGACUUAUGGGAGGACUACAGGAGACACAGGUCGGAUAAAGAAAUCAAUCACAUGGAUUGUCUGGUCUACAGCAGAGCGGAGAGACGCUAUGUGGAGAAGUACUGGAAGGAGGUGCGGGUGGGAGACUUCAUCAGGCUGCGAUGUAACGAGAUCCUCCCCGCCGAUGUUCUGCUGCUGAGCACCAGUGACCCAGACCGCCUGUGCCACAUCGAGACCGCAACACUGGACGGGGAGACCAACCUCAAGCAGAGGCAGGUCGUCCGCAGUUUCUUUGACCUGGAUUGUGAUUUCGACCCCUUAAAGUACAACAGCAUCAUUGAAUGUGAAAAGCCCAACAAUGACCUGAACAGAUUCCGAGGCUACAUAAUCCAUCGAAGUGGCAGAAGAGAUGCACUUUACAAAGAGAACCUGCUGCUGCGAGGCUGCACCAUCCGCAACACAGAGGAGGCCGUGGGAAUAGUCAUUUAUGCAGGUCACGAGACCAAAGCCAUGCUGAACAACAACGGCCCGCGCUACAAGCGCAGUAAACUGGAGAGACAGAUGAAUGUAGAUGUGUUCUGGUGUGUCAUCAUCCUGCUGGUCAUGUGCCUGUUUGCUGCUGUGGGUCAUGGACUGUGGAUGUUUCAGUAUGGAGAUAAGAGACCUGUGUUUGACGUUCUCAGUCCAGAGGGGACAGAUUUAUCACCCAUCAUGUCAGCGAUUUAUCUCUUCCUCACUAUGAUCAUCGUCUUUCAGGUGCUGAUACCCAUCUCCCUUUUUGUGUCGAUUGAGAUCGUCAAGAUCUGCCAAGUGUACUUCAUCCAUCAGGACAUGGAUCUCUACGAUGAGGAGACAGACUCUCACCUGCAGUGCAGAGCUCUUAAUAUCACUGAGGAUCUCGGCCAGAUGCAAUACAUCUUCUCUGACAAGACAGGCACGCUGACAGAGAACAAGAUGGUGUUUCGCCGCUGCACAGUGGCAGGGGUGGAGUACUCCCAUGAUGCCAAUGCUAGAAGACUUGCUAUGUACCAGGAGAUGGACUCUGAAGAAGAAGAGUGCACGUCUCACGGUGGCACCCUGCCCAGGCGGGACAGUGUAACCAGCCACCAGAGCGCCCCGGUGGUGCUGCGCUCCCAGAGCACCAAGUCCCACCGCAGGACGGGCAGCAGGGCUGAGGCCAAGCGAGCCAGCAUCCUGUCCAAGCACACGGCCUUCAGCAGCCCCAUGGAGAAAGAUAUCACCCCCGACCCUCAGCUCCUAGACAAAGUCAAUGAAUGCAGCAGUCAGAUGGACUUCAUGCGUUUUCACAGCCAGCCAAUGUCCCAGCUGCCCUCUGACCUCUCAGACAUCAUUGAUUUCUUCAUCGCUCUCACCAUCUGCAACACGGUGGUGGUGUCCUCCCCCAACCAGCCCAGGCAGAAGGUCCGGAUGAGGUUUGAGCUGAAGUCCCCAGUUAAGACCAUCGAGGACUUCAUCAAACGCUUCACCCCCAGCCGACUGACCUCAGGCUCCAACAGCAGCAGCUCAUCUAGCCUCAUCACAAACCGCUCCUCCAGUAAGGGAUGCUCCAGCUUGCUGUCCUCCCCCUCUGCAGAGAGCACGCUCACCAAGCUGGAUGAGGAGCAGCCUCCCGGCAGCCUGCACCAUGCCUUCAGCCCCGUCCCGCCCUGCUAUGAUGGGAAGGCGUGGGAACUGGAGGACGGUGAGCUGCGCUAUGAGGCAGAGUCGCCCGAUGAGGCUGCACUUGUCUACGCUGCCAGGGCGUACAAAUGCUCCCUCGUCGGACGCCUGCCCGACCAGGUGACUGUGGAACUGCCACACCUGGGGAAGCUGAGCUUUGAGUUACUGCACACCCUGGGCUUUGACUCCACCAGGAAACGCAUGUCUGUGGUGGUCAGACAUCCUCUGACGGAUCAGAUCACUGUGUACACUAAAGGAGCAGACUCUGUCAUCAUGGACCUCAUUAAACCUCCCAACACAGGUAACUCCAAAGGGAAGCGGCAGAAGAAGAUUGUCUACAGGACCCAGAACUACCUGAACCUGUAUGCUGCAGAUGGCCUUCGCACACUGUGCAUUGCAAAAAAGAUCCUGAGCAAGGACGAGUAUGCCUGCUGGCUGCAGCGUCACCUGGAGGCUGAGACGGCCAUUCAGGGAAGAGAGGAGCUGCUCUUUGAGUCGGCCCUGCGACUGGAGACAAACCUCCAGCUUUUAGGAGCGACAGGCAUUGAGGACCGUCUGCAGGAUGGUGUGCCAGAAACUAUAGCUUCUCUGCGGAAGGCCGGCCUGCAAAUAUGGGUGCUGACGGGCGACAAACAAGAAACAGCCGUAAAUAUAGCGUAUGCAUGCAAGCUGCUGGACCCCGAGGAGGAGAUCCUGACACUGAAUGCUGAUUCUCAGGAGGCAUGUGCCUUGUUGCUGGAGGAAAGUUUACACUACAUCCAGGCCAAAUUCUUCUGCAGCUCCACAGACCAAGCUGCCAAGGCCUUCCAGACUAACUUAGCACCCUUUCAGAUCUAUCCCUCUUCAUCUCCGUCCUUCUCCUCCUCAUCCUCCCACACCAUUCCUUUCAUGGUGCACCGGUUGGGCCUGGUAAUUGAUGGGCGGACCUUGGCCUAUGCCUUGGAUAAGAAUUUGGAGGAUAAGUUUCUGGCCGUAGCGCGGAGCUGCCGUUCAGUGCUCUGCUGCCGCUCCACGCCGCUACAGAAGAGCAUGGUGGUCAAACUGGUGCGGAACAAGCUGAAGGUCAUGACACUGGCCAUAGGUGAUGGGGCCAAUGAUGUCAGCAUGAUCCAGGUAGCGGAUGUGGGCGUGGGGAUCUCGGGACAGGAGGGUAUGCAGGCAGUGAUGGCGAGCGACUUUGCUCUCCCACGUUUCCGGUAUCUUCAGAAGCUUCUGCUGGUCCACGGACAUUGGUGCUACUCCCGAUUAGCAAACAUGAUUCUCUAUUUCUUCUACAAAAAUGCUAUGUUUGUAGCACUCAUCUUCUGGUAUCAGUUCUACUGUGGAUUCUCAGGUUCAGCCAUGAUUGACCAAUGGUAUCUUAUCUUCUUCAAUCUGAUGUUCUCCGCCUUCCCCCAACUCAUCACUGGCACUCUGGACAAAGACGUGUCAGCAGAGACUCUCCAACAACUACCUCAGCUCUACGUGACCGGCCAGAACUCUGAGGAAUAUAAGCCAUAUAUGUUCUGGAUGAACAUGAUUGAUGCCUUCUACCAAAGUCUGGUCUGCUUCUUCAUCCCUUACUUUGCCUACACUGACUCUGAUGUGGAUCUGUUUACUUGGGGAACUCCCAUCACCACCCUCGCUUUAUUCACCAUUCUGCUGCACUUGGGCAUUGAGACCAAAACCUGGACCUGGAUGAACUGGCUGUCUAUCACCUUCAGUAUUGCCUUGUUCUUCACCGUGGCUCUGUGCUACAAUGCGUCCUGUCCCACCUGCUACUCCCCCUCCAACCCCUACUGGACCAUGCAGAGGCUGCUGCAGGACCCCCUCUUCUACCUGCUCUGUGUCAUCACACCUGUAGCAGCACUGCUGCCUAGAUAUUUCUACAGGGCGUGUCAAGGCACUUUGUUCUCCAGUCCGUUGCAAGUUGGAAGGCAGUUGGAUAAACUCCCCGCUGACACCCGCAGGAACAUCCUCAGCCUGAGCAGGGUCAAGGUGGGGUCACCGCUCAGCCCCAAGCCUCCCUUCCUGUCCCUCACCAAGCCCUCCGCUAAAGGUUGCAAUAAAAAAGACCAGAGGAGCUUCCCCAGCUCCAAGACAUCACUGGCCAAAAAAGGGCCCCUCUUACAAGCAGAUGAAGAGAAGGGCCAGAGAGGCCCACUGGGGCCCACAGACAGUGAGAAGGGCCUCUCAGAUCUCUACACAUUAGUUCCUAAAGAAAUAGACACUCUUCCUUACACCAAAGAUGCUCCUCUGCUCUUGGAGGAGCAGCAGCCUCCUUCCACCAAAGACUCGGAGUGUCUCGAUAAGACUUUAGAGCUGUCAGAUCAGACUCUGUCCAGCUGGACCACCUCCACGCCUCUUCUCACACAAACGGACAGCAUUCAGCUGACUCUGCCCCCUGACAGAGGCUCGCAGUUUGUCAAAUACACGAGGAACUCAGAGGAAAGACUCAAGACUGACCACACCGUUCACCCAGCACACAGGACAGAGCAGGUGGCAGAACAGUCGCUGCACACCACCUUGUGAUGUCUUAAGUAUGUUAACUCAAACUCCAAUUUGCACGAUAGUUUUUUAAAAUCUAAUUUUAUUGUAUUUUUCAAGGAGAUUCUUUUAUAAAAACUAGAAAUAGGUACUUUAUAUUUUGGAUGUUUAAAGCUAAAGAUAGGUUUUGGAGAUGGAAGAACUGGAAUACCCCUCAUUUGUUUUGGUUUUUUUAAUCCUGGGAAAAAUUCAUUUCACAAAGACGCAUCUCAGUACUUGAUCAGGUUUUAAUGUCAAGAAGAGCAGAGUAGAGACAUUCCACUGCUGGGUUAUUUGGGAGUUUGUUUUCUCUCUGCUAUGGUACCCUAUUCAUUCUUUCAACGUGGCCUGUCAAUGCGUUGGGACCUGGAUCAAAUACCAGUGGGCCUUAAAUAGGUGAUGGUAUUCCUGAGGAGAGAAGAUUUGUAGGUUUUAAGUCCCCAAAGAAACACGUCUGAUUUUGUGCAAGAGGAUCUCCAUGGAGAUAAUCACAGAGUUUUAUUUUUACAUACAUCAGCAAAUUUAUUAUUUUGUAAUUUGGCAUUGGUUCAGUGCUCAUUUUGUCUUGUUGCUGGAUUUUUUUGCUCAAUUUGAAAUGCUGAAAAGUGUGUUCAUAACAGUUAUGUUGUACAGUACAUUCCACUGAAAAAUUAUGAGAGCUGUAGGCUUUAAACAUAAUCACGCCAGGAGCAUAUACCAAAAAUUUUUUAUUUCAAACUUUAUACAGCAAAACUCUACCAGAAAUGAUGCUCUAUUUGAGUGUGAGUGUGUGUCUGAGAGUGUGUGUCUGUGUGUCCAUUGACUCAUUGGAUUUGUUUUAACAGUGCCAGCCAGUUUUACUUUAAAAGAAUAGUUUGACAGUUAGGGAAAUAUGUUUAUUUGCUUUCAUACUGAGAGUUAGAAGAGAAGAUUGGUACCGCUCAUAUAACUGUCCCCUCGCCAGGCCAGCGAUUUCCCAUGCUUCCAGUCUUCAUGCUAAGCUAAGCUAAGCUAAGCAUUUAGCUUCAUAUUUAAUAUACAAACAUACAAAGCUCUCUUCAAAGCUAACAUCUGCCUAUUAGUACCUCUAAAGCUCACUAAUUAAGAUUUUAUAUCUUGUUUGUUUAAACCAUACAAAAACUGGAGUCUUGUCAUCGUGAGUUUCCCAGGUAAAAUUUCCUAGAAGUCACUGCUCCCAGCCAAAAAAUAGUCCGGCAUAUAACACCUAUAAAACCAUGAAUGCUGUUUUUAUACUUAAAUUAAUGAGAUACAAUGUGUUAAUUAGUGAGCUUUGGAGCUGCCGCCCAGCUAACUGUUUCCCCCUGUUUCCAGUUUUUAUGCUCAGCUAAACCAACAGUAUCGUGGCUGUGGCUUCAUAUUAAGUGCACAUUCGUGAGAGUGGUAUCAAUCCUCUCAUGUAAUUCUCAGUAAGAAAGCAAAUAAGCGUAUUUACCUAAAUGUCAAACUAUUCCUUUAAGCACUGUACAGUAUGUUGACAACAAACUACCAUCACGUUUCAUAAACCAGUUUACUUGAAGGUCCUUUUUUAACCCUUUAUUUCAUGCAUUGAGUUCAUCUUAGCCCAGUGUAACCUUCUUUUUUUUUUUUCUCUGCUGGCGUUCAGCUGUAAACCAAAAGCUCAAUGGUGAAAGAAAGUAUUUCCCAAAUGUCAAAGAUGCGGCUCUAAGAUUGAAAUUUGCACUUUGAAAGCAUUAUUUCAGAACUACCAAUUAGUAUUGUUGGUGCUGUUGUUCAGUGCUCAGAUACAGUAUGAAAAGGACGAGAAGCUUUGUUCACUUUAUACGUUUGCAAACAUCAUGAUGUAUUUGUCAUCAUUAACAAACUAGUAAAAGUAUGAAAAAUUGGGAGGAUGCUACAGUUUGUUUAAUUGUUUAGCAUUUAAAGCAGCAGCACCUUUAAUAUUUUAUGAUUGUAUCUAAUUGCAGUACAUUUUUGUAAAGUGUAUCAUUUACCAAAGAUCAUUUAUAUUUCUUAUUUUCUAAGCAAUAGUAUGUGCAUUAACACUGGAUAAGAAAUUACAAAUCUAAGACUUUGCUUAUGAUGCUGAAGUUGUAUUUGUUUAAAGAUGACAGUGCAUCUUUGUUCAAUGAGGAGCGUUUAGUGUUCUUCUAGAUGAUGUUUAUGAGGCUACAUGCUAUGUGGUUUCUUUGCUCCUGUCUGUUUUUUUUGCACACGGUGCUUUCUUCUGGCAUGUUGUUCAGAGUCUGACUCCACAGUCUGUCCACUUUGUUUAAUAGGUUCUGUCUGUUCUGUGCUUUUGGCGUCGCACUUGCAACGCAUUUGUGCCAGAAUGAAGCUCAAGUAUAUUCACUGCUGCAUACCCACUUUACCAGAUUCCUCACAGGAAUGUUCACUCUCACUGCACACGACCUUGAACAUAUCUGAACUCUGUUUUUCAUUUGUAUUUUGGUUACAAGGUAGGCCUGAGUUUCACAUUUGAGGGGGAAAUUAUCUGUUGUUGAUCCUUGAGAUCGUCAUUCAAGGUAUUAAUCUAAGUAUUUAAUAGAUUCAGGAUCAUUAAAGUUCUGGUUUGGUCCAGCCUCUCUAAAUUAAUAGGUUGUAGCUAACUGGAGAAGCUACAGAGUUCCAGCCCUAAGCAGCAAUAUACACUUAAUCACCUCACACACAUCAACAACAUGGAUAAACUAUAGUUUAAGUUUUGUUCAGAUAAACAAGUUUUUCUUAUACUUCUUUGUCCUUCGAGUAAUUGGAAAUUACUUGUAUCAUGGCUACUUGUGAACAAAAUAAAAAUGAUAAUAAUAAA